GUCAUUUUCAUACGGUACCGUAUUUCGCUCCACCACCAUUUGCUAAUACUGCCAUACCCGAAAGGUUACAAACCCCAGAGGAAAACAAAAACAGAAGCCAACCAUGAAGUUCUCAGCUCUUGCUCUCACUGCUGCAACAUGCAUCGCUUCUGCUUCCGCGGAGUUUUUCAUCACCGAAAACUUCAACGAUGAUGUAAGGUUAGCCUGUCAGAGAAUGAGUUGUUGAUUCCGCUGUAAGCAGCGAGGUUUUCCGUGAAGAACACUAAGAACCUCGAUGAACUUCCAAAGAUUGCAAUCCUUAUGCAGUACUCCUCACGCUUGUUCACCUUUUCUCUCAAUUCCGCUUCCCUUAUGACGAAAUUUCGGCAACUAUAUAUUAUUGCAUCUCGAAAACUUGCGAUGUUAAAAAUGGACUGAUCGGAUUCUUAAAACUCGAAUGACGCCACUAAACUUCAAAACAAAAACGAUAGAGCUGGUCCAGCCGAUGGACAGUACCAACCAGCUGGAAACCAAAAGGAGAAAUGGGUGCAUGGAAGCACACCGCCGGUGAAUAUUACGGUGAUGCCGAUGACAAGGGCAUCCAAACUUCGGAAGAUGCUCGAUUUUAUGGUCUUUCUGCCAAGCUCGACAAACCAUUUGUUAGCGGUGACAAGCCCCUUGUGAUUCAAUAUUCUGUAAAGCAUGAACAAAACCUGGAUUGCGGAGGUGCCUACAUCAAACUCCUUCCCGGUGGAGACAAUUUCGAUGCUAAAUCCUUUGGUGGAGAUACCCCUUAUGCCGUCAUGUUUGGCCCCGACAUAUGUGGAAGCAACAAGAGGACGCACGCCAUUUUGCACGACUUUGAAAAGGAUGAUAAUCUCCUUAUCAAGAAGGAUGUUGGUACAGAAACCGACGAUUUGACCCACCUCUACACAUUGAUCGUCAGCCCUGACAACACCAUCGAAGUUCACGUCGACAACAAGUCGGUUAGAAAGGGUGCCCUCGACGACGAAUUUGACUUUUUGCUCGAAAAGAAGAUCAAGGAUCCCGACGCUAGCAAGCCCACAGACUGGGUAGACAACGCAAAAAUGCCUGAUCCUGAUUCCAAGAAGCCUGACGAUUGGGACGACCAACCCGAAGAAAUCGUAGACCCAGAUGCCAAGAAGCCGGAAGACUGGGACGACGAGGAUGAUGGUGAAUGGGAACCACCUAUGAUCGAUAAUCCUGACUUCCAAGGAGAAUGGAAGCCCAAGAUGAUCGAUAAUCCCGACUACAAAGGGAAAUGGGAACACCCUAUGAUCGAUAAUCCUGACUACAAGUACAACGACGACAUGUAUAAGGUUUGCAGAGACGGAUGCACGCACGUUGGUUUCGAAAUCUGGCAAGUGAAGACCGGAACUCUAUUCGACGAUAUCAUUGUCACAGAUAGCAUCGAAGAGGCCAAGGAAUACGCUGAAAAAACGUUCUUCAAGAAGAAGGAGGGAGAGAAGAAGAUGUACGACGAACAAUUGGAGGCGAAGCGGGCAGCAGCAGCAAGCGAAAUGCCUGAGGACGACGACUACAUGGGUGACAUGGGCAUGGGUGACCUAAUGGGAGAUGAAUUCUAAAUAUAAAUUCCUGAAAGUAUGAAAUGUUUUUUUUGGUCGUGAAAAGGGAUGAGGAUGUGACGAAAAUGAAAGAAACCAACGAUAUAACAAGUCGAUUUCUCACGCUUACGUUCAGAAUAAAAUUUAGUUCAAGCU